UUGGUCAGGUGAUUUCUCUUGACCUGUGGUCUCCGUUUCCAAGGAGCAAAGAUUCACAAGAUCUUAACUUAAAAGAUGAAGUCAAUGAUGAUGCCAAAGAGAUCCAUUACACCCACAUUCUCAGUUGGGUUCUCCCUCCAGACAUCCGUGUCCUGGCCUGGGCUCCUGUAGAACAGAGCUUCAGUGCUAGGUUCAACUGUCUGGAACGCACUUACCGCUAUUUUUUCCCUCGCACUGAUUUAGAUAUUGUAAGGAUGAAUGAUGCAGCUCAGAGGUACGUUGGUACCCAUGAUUUCAGGAACUUGUGUAAAACGGAUGUAGCAAAUGGAGUGUUUAAUUUUCAGAGGACUAUUUUGUCUGCUCAAGUACUACUAGUGGGGCAAAGCCUAGGUGAGGGGAGAUGGCAAGAACCUUUCCAGUUAUGUCAAUUUGAAGUGACAGGGCAGGCUUUCCUUUAUCAUCAAGUCUGCUGUAUGAUGGCUGUCCUCAUUUUGAUUGGCCAAGGAAUGGAGAAGCCAGAAGUUACUGAUGAGUUGCUGAAUAUAGAGAAAAAUCCCCAGAAGCCUCAAUAUAGCAUGGCUGUGGAGUUUCCUCUAGUCUUGUAUGACUGUAAGUUUGAAAAUGUCAAGUGGAUCCAUGAUCAAGAGGUUCAGGAGUUCAGUGUUACUCACCUGCAGCAACUAUGGGUUAGUCAUGCCGUCAAAAGCCACAUGUUGGGGCUGCUGGAGGCUGCACUGGGCCACAGUGUCUCCAACACUUGGCCGCAAGUUGUUGGCUGGGACCUGGAGGGGGCGGGCAACCACGUUCAUGACCGGUUAAAAGUGUGGGUGCUGCUGACCGCUCAGUUGAAUGGCUCUUGUCCUCUCCCAUUGUCCCUGGUACAAAAUCUGCCGCCAGGCACAGGAUACCAGAAGGCAAUCCUGGCAGCCCAGGCCCAGCUUCAGAGCGACACUGGUCCACUCCAGGCGGAGCUGCUGCAGUGCCCGGCCCAGCUGGCAGAGCUGGAGGCCCAGGUGCGGAAGCUGGAGCUAGAGCAGGCUCAGCACAGGGUGUUGCUGGAGAGUUGGCAGCAGCGGCACCAGGCAGACCUAGAGCUCAUUGAGAGUGCACACAGCAGAAGUCGCAUCAAGGUGCUAGAGACAUCAUACCAGCAGUGGGAGGAGCGUCUCCAAAGAGAGAAUGAGGAACUGUCAGCCCAGUACCUGUCCCACCUCCACGAGACUGCGCUGGCUUGCACUGAGCUCAUAGCUCAGCACCAGCACCCAUUGGCCGCAGCUGAGCGGGAAAAAGAUCAAGAGAGGAUUCAGCUUCUGGAGCUGCAGCAGUCCCAGAUGGAACAAUUGUCCAGCAGCCUGAAGGAGCUGGCCUCCCACGUGGAAGCCUUGCACCUCACCACCACACAGGAGCUGGAAUUGGGCAUUCGGCAGCGAGAUGAGCAGCUGCAAGUCCUGCAGGAACUGCUGGACCUACAGAAGCGUGCCAUGGAAGAGCACAACCAGCUCCAGGAGGCCACUAGGAAGAGGGGGAGGCACACCUGA